GGAAAUCUCAAAAUAAAUAAAACCAGAACCCCCCAAUCCCCUCAACUCUGAUAUAGAACAACCAGAGAGGCUUUAAUGUCUACCCAUUCCUUCUGAAAACACACACACACACACACACACACUCUUAUCUCUCUCCUUUCUUCCUCAUUUUGCUUCCUUAGAAACCCCCCCUCUGUCAAUUUCCUAGUUUCACUCCCCGUUGCUCAGAUCUGUAAACACCUAACAAAUUCCAUUUUGGUUUUCUGGAUGUUCUUUGUUUUUGCCGGAAAUUAUGAGUAAAGAAGAGUUCUUGAAGAUUCAGACUUGUGCCCUGAAAGUGAACAUUCACUGUGAUGGUUGUAAGCGAAAAGUGAAGAAAACACUUCAUAAAAUUGAUGGUGUUUACACCGUCAGUAUAGAUUCAGAACAAGGGAAGGUGACGGUAUCAGGAAAUGUUGAUCCGGCGACACUCCUCAAGAAGCUUGCAAAAGGUGGGAAGAAUGCAGAGAUUUGGGGUGCUCCGAAACCAAAUCAACAGGUCAAUAAUCAGUUUAAGAACAUGCAGAUCGACGGUGGUAAAGGCGGUGGUGGAAAUAACAAAAACCAGGGACAGAAAGGGGGUGGAAACAACCAGCAUCAGCAGCAGGAGAAAGGAGGGCAACCACAACAGAAGCAAGUUGGCGGCGUCGGUGGUGGGGGUGGGGGUGGGGGUGGUGGUGGUGGUCCGACACCGCAACAGAUACAACAGCUUAAGCAACUACAACAGUUAAAAGGGUUCCAAGAUCUGAAGUUGCCGCCUCAAUUUAAAGACAUGAAGUUGCCAGGUUUUGGUAAUGGCGGUGGCGGCGGGAAGGAUGCACCCAAGUCUGUCAAGUUUAAGGUGCCGGAGAGUGAGGAUGAGUAUGAUGAUGACGAUGAUGAGUUUGAUGAUGAUGAUGAUGACUAUGAUGAUGAUGAUGACGAGUUUGAUGAUGAAAUUGAUGAUAUUCCGAUGAAGAAGCCGGUGAUGCUGGGUGGUGGUGGUGGUUCUCAGAUGGCUAAUAUGAUGAUGAACCCACAGUUCAUGAAAGGAGGGCAGAUGCCACAGCAGUUGAUGAAGGGUGCUCCUCAAAUGGGAAAUCAUGGUGGAAAUGGUGGGAAGAAAGGAGGUGGCGGGAACAUUCCUGUACAGGUGAAUGGUGGUGGAAAGAAAGGAGGUGGGGGUGGGGGGUUUGAACAAUAA